CUCCCGCGGCGAACGACCAGCAGCAAUGGCCCCCGAUGCGACAACAUCAACCACUAUACACCAUGGCGACAAUACGGCAAUGCGCGCGCUCAUCGAGAGCCUUCACUUCCCCAUCAACAGUGCCUUCGACGUUGAAAACAUGCGAAGUCACGCUCCCAGCCUUCCUGGUGCCGGCAUUCGCACAACCACGCCAGCAGACAUCACACUUCUCCACCACUCCCCGAUGUCAAUCGAAGAUUGGCAAGGCACCGCUCGCUCCACCACCUGAAGUCACCUUCCGCGUCAUUGAACCAGCUUUAUCGUCGAGCCAUGCUCGUGUCAGCAGGAAUAAGCCAGGCGCGACGGUGGAGAUCGAGGGGCCUUUGGGUAAAACGAGCAUGACCGUACCUCAUUACGUGCGCAUCAAGUCCGACGACGGGAGCAAGACACACACUGUGAGCAUCGAGGAUACCGAGGAUAAGAAGCAAAAGGCUAUGUGGGGAACGGUACGGGCAUAUUUACAAAACCACAUCCUGGGCGUGAGCGAAGGGCAUGCGGCCAUCCUGCGAUUAGUCGGUGUCGGCUACCGUGCAACUAUCGAGAGCAGUGCCGUCACGAAGAAGCCAGAGUACGAGGGGCAGCAGUUCGUCUCCUUGAAAGUUGGAUAUUCACAUCCCAUCGAGCUGGGUGUGCCAAAAGGUGUUAAAGCAAGCACGCCUCAGCCAACACGUAUACUGCUCCAGGGCGUAGAGCGGGAGGUCGUGAUGCAAUUUGCUGCAGAGAUCCGAGCAUGGCGGAAGCCAGAGCCAUACAAGGGCAAGGGGAUCUUUGUGAACGAUGAAACGAUCAAGUUGAAAGCGAAGAAGAUCAAGUAGAAAUGACAUCGAAACAGGCCUUGCCAGGCAUGCGACAAAUCUUGCACAGCAAUGCACUG